UAAAACUAAAUUUGUACUGCGUAGCAUUGAAAAGAUGCUGGCGUUACUUGUGUCGGCGCUUCUCGCUGUGGCCAUAACCUGGCUCGUGACCACAAUUGUUGGAAACAUGCUCCUGGUUAGGAAAUUGCAGCGAUUACUGCCAAAAUUCGCCACGAUUCCCUCGGUUCCAGUGCUGGGCAAUUCGCUGGAGUUCCGGAAGGAUCCAACCCCGCCGGGAAUCUUCAGAACCUUCUUUGGCUUCCAUCGACGGUUUGGCGAAAAUGUGAUCACACAGAGUUUGUUCAACUUUCCGAGCCUUCAGGUGACCAGCGGCCCGGUGGUUGAGCAGGUCAUCAACACGAAAACCAUCCAGAAAUCGAUUAUCUACGAGUUCAUGAAGCCGUGGCUCGGCGAGGGACUGCUGACUGCACUCGGGAAGAAGUGGGCCCAGCGAAGGAAGGUCAUUACGCCGGCGUUCCACUUUAAGAUUUUGGAGGAGUUUCUGGACAUUUUCAACCACCGGUCGGAGGACUUUGUUGGUAAACUGCGCGAUCGGGUUGGCAAAGGGGACUUUAACAUCUACGAGGACGUCACGCUGUGCACGCUGGACAUAAUUUCCGAGUCCGCGAUGGGCGUGAAGAUAAACGCGCAAGAUAACCCUGACUCGUCGUACGUGAAGGCGGUUAAGGAAAUGUCCGACAUAAUCUUCCGGCGGCUGUUCAGCAUGAUGCGCGAGUACAAAGUCUUCUUCUACAUGCAAAAAGCCGCCAAGCGUCAGAAUGCGGCCGUGGCCGUAUUGCACGAUUUUACCGAUUCCGUGAUCGUUACCCGAAAGACCCAGCUCGAGAGCGAACAGGCCCGCAAGGCAACGCAGCAGAAGCUAGAGGAGACGGACAUUUACGGCAAGCGCAAAAUGACUCUGCUCGAGCUGCUGCUCAACGUGUCCGUCGAUGGUCACCCGUUGAGCAAUUCCGCCAUCCGUGCCGAGGUCGACACGUUCAUGUUCGCCGGCCACGAUACGACCACGUCCUGCAUCAGCUUCGCAGCGUAUCACAUCGCCCGGAACCCCUCCGUCCAGCAGAAACUGCACGAAGAAAUGACCCAAGUGCUAGGGUCAGACUUCAAAAACACCCAACUCACCUACAGUAUGCUGCAGGAGCUCAAAUACCUGGAUAUGACAAUCAAAGAGGUGCUCCGUAUUCACCCCUCCGUCCCCGUAAUCGGUCGCAAAUCCGCCCACGACAUGGUCAUCGAUGGACAGAAAAUUCCACCCGGCAUAGACAUAGCUGUGCUGAUCUACGCGAUGCACAACAAUCCGGAAGUGUUCCCCGAGCCGGACCGUUUCGACCCCGAGCGAUUCAACGAGGAGAACAGCGCCAAGCGUCACCCGUACGCGUACAUUCCGUUCAGUGCCGGAGCGCGGAACUGUAUCGGCCAGAAGUACGCCCUGCUGGAGAUUAAGGCCACGCUGGUGAAGCUGCUCGGCCACUAUCGGCUGCUGGCUUGCGAUCCGGAGAACACGGUGCGCAUCAAAACCGAUAUGACGCUGCGGCCGGUCAACGGGACGUUCGUGAAAAUUGUCGAGCGAUGAGGGUGUGUUGAGCUAAUGAUUUGAAAUAUACGAUUUUUUUGCUACCGUUAGUACAACUA